CCGUGCCCGGCGCGUGCCGGGAGCCGGCGGUGCCGCAGGAAGCGCCCGGCGCCUCCAGCCGCGGCGUCACGUGACUCGGCAGCGGCCGCUCCCGGCGCCGCGAUGGGCGCGCGGCCCCGCGGCCGCCCCUGAGCCUCCCCCGGUGGCGGCGGGCGCUGCCGGAGCCGCGGCGGCGGCGCCGGAGUGACUAUGCUCACGCGGGUGAAAUCCGCCGUGGCCAAUUUCAUGGGCGGCAUCAUGGCUGGCGGCGCGGGCGCGGAGCACGGCGGCAGCGGCGGCGGCGCGGAUCUGCCGCUCCGGUUCCCGUACGGGAGACCCGAGUUCCUGGGACUGUCCCCGGACGAGGUGGAGUGCUCCGCCGACCAUAUCGCCCGCCCCAUCCUCAUCCUCAGCAAGGACACGCGGCGCCUGCCCUGGACCACGGGCUACGCGGAAGUAAUAAAUGCAGGGAAGAGCACACACAAUGAAGAUCAAGCCAGCUGUGAAGUCCUCUUUGUCAAGAAGAAAACUGGAGGCAGUAAUUCUACACCAAACAAGAACUCAACAAAACGGAGGUCAUCGCUGCCCAAUGGAGAAGGUCUCCAGCUGAAAGAGAAUUCGGACUCAGAUGGGAUCAACCUGUACUACUGGUCCCUGUUUGAUGGACAUGCUGGGUCAGGGGCAGCUGUGGUUGCUUCCAAACUGCUGCAGCACCAUAUCCUGGAUCAGCUGCAGGAGAUCGUGGACAUCCUGAGGAACACGGCCAUCCUCCCACCCACCUGCCUGGGAGAGGAACCUGACAAUCCGGCCACCAACAGCAGGACGCUAACACGGGCAGCCUCCUUGCGUGGUAGUGUGGGGGCUCCAGGCUCACCCAGCACCCCUCCAACACGAUUUUUCACCGAGAAGAAGAUCCCACAUGAGUGCCUGGUUAUUGGGGCCAUAGAAAGUGCAUUCAAGGAAAUGGAUUUGCAAAUAGAACGAGAAAGGACUGUGUAUAAUAUAUCUGGCGGCUGCACAGCCCUUGUGGUGGUGUAUUUAUUGGGGAAGCUUUACGUAGCAAACGCUGGUGAUAGCAGGGCUAUAAUAAUCCGAAAUGGUGAAGUCAUUCCAAUGUCUUCAGAAUUCACUCCAGAGACUGAACGCCAGCGACUUCAGUACCUGGCUUACAUGCAGCCCCACUUGCUGGGAAAUGAGUUCACACAUUUAGAAUUUCCACGGAGGGUGCAGCGCAAGGAAGUUGGAAAGAGGAUGCUCUACCGUGAUUUCAACAUGACUGGCUGGGCAUACAAAACCAUUGAGGAAGACGACUUGAAAUUUCCCCUUAUAUACGGAGAAGGCAAGAAGGCUCGGGUUAUGGCAACAAUUGGAGUGACCCGAGGACUGGGAGAUCACGACCUGAAAGUGCAUGACUCCAAUAUAUACAUCAAACCUUUCCUGUCCUCAUCUCCUGAGGUGAGAGUCUAUGACCUCCUGCAGUACGAGCACGGCCCAGAUGAUGUUCUGAUCCUAGCUACUGAUGGACUCUGGGAUGUGCUGUUAAAUGAAGAAGUGGCAGAAGCUGUCACUAACUUUCUUCCAAACUGUGACCCUGAUGAUCCCCACAGGUACACGCUGGCGGCUCAAGAUCUGGUGAUGCGAGCCCGGGGAGUGCUGAAGGACCGGGGCUGGCGAAUAUCCAAUGACAGGCUGGGCUCUGGAGAUGACAUUUCUGUCUACGUCAUCCCCUUAAUUCACGGGAACAAACAAUCGUGAAAGUAUCAUCAAGAGUGGUUAUAGGAUGGGGUUCUUUUGGGAAAGGGCCUGUGAGAGACAAUGGUUUUGGUUAUCUGACCAGGACACUUCCAGAUGAUGUAAUCUAUUCAGAACUAAUGCUGGAGGGGUAUUUUUCUGCUCAAGAGUAGGGCUCUGCACAUAUACUGUAUAUGAUUAAAGAUAACCCUUAAGAUUACAAUUUCCCUAUAGAAAUGGUUUUGGUGCUUGACAGGAAUGGGAUCGUGCUGCUAGCAUAUUAUGGAUUCUGUCUUCCCUCCAAGUGGGGAAUUUUUUUCUCUGUUUACCAUGUAGCUUGGAAGAGCCAUUUCAGUUGUGAAAAUAGAAGUGGGUAUCAGCAGCCAAGGAGGCUUCUGAAGUCUACCCCCAGAUAUUCAGAAGGUGGCUUGGGUCGCAUCUCAUUUAAAAAUACCUAUAUAUACAUAUAUGAGACUCAAAGAGUUUUCUUCUUUCAAAAAGUUACAUUCAUGACUUAUCUAUGGACAACUUCAGACUUAUGUAAUCCUUCAAACGCCCAUUUUCCUCUCCCGUCUCUUCUUCAGUAGACUAUACUCCUGUAUUUUAGUAGGAAAAGCAAAAUUGUUUUCGGUGUGACUAUGCCUGACUAUACUGCAACUAAAACAGCCACUUGCAAGAUUGUCCAGGAGAAAUAGGUCUGUAUAGCAAGAUGUGUUCUGGUGUGAGGAGUUACUUGUCAAGAUUCUGCUGUGUGUAUGCCAUGAUUAUACAAAGUACACAAACUCAGUUUUAUGUGAUGCUUACCUGGAGGCAGUGGUUUCUUUGGGAUCUGAAGUGUUCACUCAUGGAAUGGUUCUGCCUGCUUUAUCCUGUUGAAAAGAUCCCUGACCAUACAGCUUUCACAUCAGUUUGGAUUCAGUAAAUUUAUUUGGGCUCCUGAGGGUAUUUUUGUUGGAUUCCUGCUUGAAGUGCUGGUAUUGUUCUUGUUAUCAAUUUGCAUAUAUGGAUAGUCAUCUAUUUAAAAGUAAUUUCACUUCUUCCUGCCACUCUUGUUAUUCAGUAUACCUUUGCCUGCUUGACUUGGUGAUCAAAAAGUGACAGCUUAUAACUAUCUGUCCUCUCGGUAUUGAGGACUUUAGUCGAGGAUCAAAAGAUGCCUGUGGUAGAUAGAAGCCCUUGGCUAGCUUUUGCAGCUUUUCUCUGAGCAGUGAUGGAUCAAUUUAAAUAAAGAAAAUCUGAGUAAAACGUAAUCAGAGUGAAAGCAAUAGUCCAAGAAGGAAACGAGUGAACAAAUCUGCAUCUUUACCUGGCUGCCUGUUCUUCAAGCGGGCAACUCUCUUACUUCAUUGGCAGGAGUUGAAGAAAAAAAAACAAAAUCAGAAGGCUUUAGUGUAUAGGCAAGUGUAUUGGCUGGGGAGCCAAUUUCAACCUAAUCUGCCCUGAGACCGCAUUCUUUUGGAGCUGCUCAUCUGAUUCACACUUCUUGGAUAGCCAAUGGAGCUGACAUAAUUGUGGGGCAUGGAGCAGGCAGCUCACAAAUGUUGUAUCUUUUCCAAAGGAGGAGGAGGGUGCUAUGCCCUUUGCAGGCUUUUUCCUGAACAGGCGUGGCCUAGAGCUUGCCACUUUUGUAAUUUAUAAUGUGCUUUGUAAAAACCACGCAGCGCGUGUGCAGUAUAGCUGCCCAGAUGCUUCGUUUGAUCGUAUCUGGAAGUACAUGUGCAACAGUCUUGUGGAUUUAAACUACCCAGUAGGAGUUUCAGUUUGAGGGCAGGUGAUGCACAGUGUGCAAGGGCUCAAACAUGCAGCAAACAGCAUGAUUUUAGCCUCAAAACUGUUCCAUGCAUUCCCUAGUGCCUGCGUGUGAUAAAGCUGUGCAGAACACGGAUGUUUUAUAUUCUAGAGCUUCAGCAUAAAUCAAUGGCAUAUCUGAUUAUGUGUUGUCAUGCUUUAUCUAUUCUUUCCUCCCCCGCCUCCCCUUUACCUCUUUUUCAGUGUGCAGCUGGGUGAAGAGAAAGGUUUGGAGUCUAGAAUAUUUUUCACAUGGCCCCUCAUAUGUUUUGAAGUUUAAGCAAGAGAU